GGCCGUGUGUUACCUUUUUUGGAUCGAAGAAAAAGGGGCUAUCGGACAAUCGGCCGUUACGGCCGAGAAACAGAGGGUACGCGAGAUGUCUCUGACAUGCCGAGUACAGUAUCUGAAUGACGUCGAUCCGUUCGCCUAUGCGAGCUCCUAUCCGGAGCCACCUAGGCCGCCUGUGCACACCUUCAGCGCGACCUUGCCACUAAUUAACCAGCUCGCUGCGGUGCAUCGACUCCUACGGGCUCCUCACAGGCUGGACGAUACGGCGUUGCAGCUGUACAAGGACGGCGACUACGGCGCUUACCUGGACCUCGAGGCCUCCAUCAAUGAGCAGCAAGAAGAAUUCGAGGGCUUCCAAACAAACCGAAAGAACUCGAUCGUUCUCAGGACCCAGCUGUCCGUGAGGGUGCACACUAUCAUAGAAAAGUUGCUGAACAGCGAGGGCCGCGAGCUGCGACGAGCUCUCUUCUCCCUCAAGCAGAUCUUUCAGGAGGACAAGGACCUGGUGCACGAGUUUGUGCAAAAUGACGGGCUUGCCUGCCUCAUCAAGGUUGGCAGCGAGGCCGACCAGAAUUACCAAAAUUACAUACUACGAGCCCUCGGUCAGGUGAUGCUCUACGUGGAUGGUAUGAAUGGGGUAAUGGAACACGGUCAGACGGUUCAGUGGUUAUACACACUGAUAGCCAGCCGCUUUCGUCUGGUGGUGAAGACCGCUCUGAAGCUGUUGUUGGUGUUCGUCGAGUACGUGGAGACGAACAGCCUGCUGCUGGUCAGAGCCGUGCGGUCCGUCGACACGUCCAGGGGCAUGAUACCCUGGACGAACGUGAUGAAGCUCCUGAAGGAUUACGAUGCCGCGGACACGGAGCUUCUAAUUUAUGCCACGACGUUGGUUAACAAGUGUUUGAACGGCAUACCGGACCAGGACACUUAUUACGACCAGGUGGACUGUUUGGAGGAGCAGGGUAUCGAGGGCAUCAUUCAGAGGUACAUGUCGAAGCAGGGCACCGACCUCGAUUUGCUCAGGCAGUUCCAGAUCUAUGAGGCCGUGCUCCAUCACGAGGACGGGAACGACAGGGGAUCCCCCAUUCGCCAGCUCGACGAUAACAUCAGGAAAACGCUGCGGAACCGGAAGUCACUAGUGGAUUCGCACGAGCGACGAAAAUCCCGCAGACAUUCGACUGGCACGUCUCCGUUGUCGAUGUCCUUGAAUGCUCGCCUAAGUCCGCGGCUAAACCACUCGUUGGGUCUAAACUCCCUGAACAACACGCUUAACUCGAGCUUGCCGGACGACGACGACGAGUCCAGCAGCUCCCAAAGCUCGCAGGGUCAUUUGGGCGAAGUUCAGCUGAAUGGCAGCUACAAGGAGAACAAAGUGGACGUUGGCGUGACACCGGCGUUAAGACGUCGAAGGGAACGAGCCGAGAGACAGAGGAGCUUCAUCAGGGAGCAGCAAGAGGCUACGGCGAACAUGCGAGCAUCCGUGGGCCAUUCGGACGAGCAGGAAAGUUCAUUCCCUACGAACGGAGUUCGGUACACGAACGGCACGUCGUACGAAAGAAACGCGGACUCGCCCUCGAAUAAGCUGUCCAGGACGAACAGCAGGAAGGACUUGACGCCCCUGAUGAACGCCGCGAACAAACUUGACUCCGAGGAGAAGAAGCCUUGGUACGGGAAGAGCCCGGACGAGGGUGUCGAGUGCGACGAGGGCAAUCACACCGACGAGGAUGAGGAUCGUCGAGUGGUUUUACAGCUGAAGAGGGAAGGAACCGUCAAGGAUCUCACACAAAAGCUGGCGGCUCAAAAUCUUAUACCGAGUAGCCCGGUCGAGGAGAAGGUUUCCAGGAUAGGGGACAUGAGCGGUCUGAUCUCGAAGGCGAAGGAAGGCCUGGCGAAGUCCAAGUCGAAAGCGGACGUGCUGAAGUCGCCCACCGGCGACAACCUUCCCAAACUUCAAGAGACCAAGAAAUCUGAGAACGAGCUGCAUUGGGAGGAACUGGUUAAGAAGCUGAAGAGACCUCUGGCGCUCUGCGAUCUCGACUUCACCGAUUUGAACUCCGACGACGAAGUGGACGUUCUGGGUCCCGUGAACGUGACCAAUGGUAUCCCACCACCUCCGCCGCCAAUGGCGCCACCUCCAGGUGGUGCACGUGCCCCUCCACCGCCGCCACUGGGGGCAAGGCUGCCACCGCCGCUUCCUCAGGCUCCGUUGCCCUUGUUCGGCGUGAAUCUCAAGUCCCAGAGGUCGUCGUCUACUACAGAUGCCAGCAACACGCCAAAGAGUCCACCUCCAACCUUCACCAAGAAGAGCAAGAAGACGGUGAAGCUGUUCUGGAAAGAGGUCAGGGAUGAUCCCAUCAUACUGUCCAGGCUUGACAAAAACAAGAUGAUAUGGGACGAGCUCUCGCCGGUACCUGUUGACACGCAGAAGCUGGAGCACCUCUUCGAGAGCCGCGCCAAGGAUCUCAUCACCAAGAAGCAACAAGAGAUGAACAAGAACAAGGAGAUAAUCGUGCUGAACCAUAAAAGGUCGAACGCCAUCAACAUCGGAAUGACGAAACUACCGCCACCGAGAUCGAUUAAGACCGCGAUCUUGAAAAUGGAUGCGACCAUUAUGAACAGGGAGGGUAUAGAGAAAUUAUUGACGAUGCUGCCGACCGAGGAGGAGAGGUCGAGGAUACAAGAGGCGCAGGCCGCCAAUCCUGACCUACCUUUGGGAUCGGCCGAGCAGUUUCUUCUAACUUUGGCCUCCAUCUCGGAGUUACCCGCCAGGCUGAAACUUUGGGCGUUCAAGCUGGAUUUCGAGAAUUCGGAGAAGGAAAUUGCGGACCCUUUGAUGGAUCUGAAGCAGGGAAUGGAGACCCUGCGAGUGAAUAAAACGUUCCGCGGGAUUCUGAGCACGCUCCUUUCGAUCGGGAUAUUCCUCAACGGAAAUGAGGUGAAGGGCUUUCAGCUGGAAUACCUCGCCAAAGUACCUGAAGUAAAGGAUACGGUUCACAAGCACUCCCUGCUUCAUCACCUUUGCCACAUGGUGAUGGAGAAGUUUCCGGAUUCCACGGAUCUCUAUUCGGAGAUCGGUGCCGUGACGAGGGCGUCGAAGAUCGACUUCGACGAGUUGGCGUCUAACAUCGGGAAACUGGAGAGCGAGUGCAAAGCGUCCUGGGACCAUCUGAAGCUCAUCGCGAAACACGACGGGUCCACGAUGAUGAAAGUCAAAAUGUCCGACUUCCUGGCGGACUGCGCCGAGCGGAUAAUCGUGCUGGGGAUCGUGCACAGGCGAAUCAUAAAUCGAUUCCACAAAUUCAUCCUCUGGCUGGGCAUACCCCUGCACAGGGUGCAGGAUACGAAGCCGAACGAGUUCUGCCGUGUCGUGUCCGAAUUCGCGUUGGAGUACAGAACCACCCGCGAGCGGGUGAUACAGCAGCUCGAGAAAAAAGCCAAUCACCGUGAAAGAAAUAAGACCAGGGGGAAGAUGAUCACAGAGGUUGGCAAAUUCAGGACGAAAGAGGAUCGCGCGGACGCGGAGCUCAGGCAACUGCUCGGAAGCGAUAUCUCCGACGUCGAGAGUAUUCACGGUACCUUGCCCUGGAGGAGACAGAGGAAAGAUGGACGAACCUCGUUGGGUCCACUGCUCCGCGACGAGAACACCAAUGGUAACCUAACCGACGGCGACGACGAGCUGCUGGAAUCGUUGGUGAAGACCGCGACGAAAACGCCAGCGACGAGGACGACGCCCAGGGAGCGCAAGAGGACCAGACACGCCGAUCGUAAGUCUUUGAAGCGAUCGCGUACCCGGGAGAACAACACCACGCCGGAAGGGUACCAACCCUGAAGGGCUACCGAUCGUGACCGACGCGAUGAAGUGCGUAGAACGCUGAAGAACGGCCUCUCGGAAGAGGAGAAGAAGCACAUCGCCGCCUACAUCAAGGGCUACUGACUGUGAUAGAACACGAACACCGUAACUCGUCCACGAGAAAAAGAAGGAAAGGCAGCACGAUCAUCGAACCUCUGAUCGAACGUUGAUGACACGGCCAGGACAUUGCGAUUUUCACACGGGAGAAACCCUCCUAAACGCGACACGAAGAAGCAACCCUCCCUAGGAAUCGCAGAGACACACCAAGGUUAUACGUUUAAAGAAUUAUAUAUAUAUACAUAUAUAUAUACACACGCAUAUAUAUAUAUUUCAAUCGAUAUUUCUGCAUGCUGGCAGAAAGCCAUAGUUUUUACCUAAUUCGUCAUCAAAGACGAAAAUCGAGGCCUUCCAAUCUAUUUUUCGCUGACAAUGCGCGCUCUGUCGUUCGUUCUUCUGCUGCUGCAAACUGAAGCUAAUAGAACUGUUGUCUGAACUGAAAUGAGCGUUACACGCCACGUCUGUCAACGGUAGCUGGCGAUAUUUAAUUUAGAAAAUUAUAUUCUUACGUGAAAUAUUAUAUUGUCAGAAGGUUAUAAGAAAUCUAUCUAAAUAUUAUAUUUUACAUGAAAGGUGUUGCGUUGUCUCGUUUUAAUUGAUAAUUUACAGUGACUCUCAUUUACAAGAUAUAAUUAAGCAUAAAAAUGUUUCACUUCUGCAGUUUCAAGCAAAGUUUAAUAAUUACAGAUCUUUGCACGCAGCUUUAAGAUUUCCAGCUCACAUUUUCUGGAACUUUAUCUUGCAAUCGUACUAUACUAUCGAAACUAGCGCCUCUAAAUAAUUCACGUUUAAUUCUAAUCUCUCGAGGGACGAAUUUUAAAUGGAUUUCUGUUUGAAUAUCGAAUGGACAGAACCCAUCUUUUUAUUUUAUACACUACAUAUUUGCAACAUUGAUAUCUCGAAACAUAUUUUGUAAUUUUUAUCCUCGCUCUAACGAUACGAAUUUGCGAUGUCCAGAAUUUUAUUAUUUUCUUCAGUACUCGGUAUUAGAAACGUAAAAUAUCUGUCGGUCGCGAAUCUGUUAAUAUUCUGUAUUUUUUUAUUCUCAAAUUACGAUCGUAAGUAAUUGUAAUUUUGAUAUAAAAACAAACGUAUAUAUGUGAUAAUAUCCUUCGAGAGGUUAAUAUUCAUUUUCCUCGAAGACAAUGUUGAGCGAGAGACGCGUGUAUUUAUUCUAGUUAGUGAAAUAGCUGUAGUAAACCUAUUUCGUGCAUCAGAUCGCGUUCUUCGCGAUGAAGUUUUCGACGGUAAAAAUGAAACGAGUUGCGGCGAUCGGUCAGGCGACUUAUUCGGGAAAUCUCGUUGCACGGUGACUUCUGGCUGCGGAGAUGAGCUUACGGGCCGACGUUUCGCAUCGCAAGCGAAUGCGACAACUUUGAAACUUAUAUCCUCUUCAUCUUCCCAGUGGCAAACAAACAAAACAAGAAUAGAAUAAAGGUGGAGCGCGUAAAACAAGAGAAACUUUUUAGAUGCAUCUUCCGCGGUGACAGCUCCAGUGGAAUAAAUGCUCGCACGCGGACGGAAAGCAUUUUUCAGAGACGCCUCGAAUCGAUUCCCUUUUGCAUGUUGCAUGAAAUGAAAAUUUCAGUGGAUUCUACCGUUGGCAAGCUUCUUCGUUUAAAGCGCGCGCUCGAAAGCUCGAACGACAGAGACGAAGAACAGACAAUCGUAUCAACGUGUGCCUCGAACGACUUGUAAUCAGGGACGGUCGAAAUUUCACUCGAAUAAUAGACGACGAAUAAAAGCGCCGUGCGUAAUUUAAUCGCUACAUUUAUUCGGAGGAGCUUCUGGUCAUUGAACGUUGAUAUAAAAUUUCAUUUUGAAUUAAGUAGCAAGUAUCGAAUAAAUGGAACAUGUUUAGGUUGUGUAUACUAUUCAUUGUCAUGCAAACCUCAUGCAUUAGAUAUUAUGUCCGUGUAUAUCGAUGAUUGUUAUGUAUAGAUUACAUGACAUUUAUCGACGUACCAAAUUUCGUGUAUUUUAUGAUAUUAUUCCAUGCAUGUCAAUGAAUGUUAAGCCGAACAGUUGAGUUUAAAUUCGAUGAGCAGGAAAGUAUUUUUUUAAAUACCAGAUUGAUAUUUUUGACAAGUGUAAACCAAUAUGGCAAUUCUGGGACCAAAAUGUUUAAUUCUCGUGGGUUUUUAUGAGCAACUCUCACUGUUGUUUAUUUUUUGUUACGAUGAUGAUUUGAUUAAAUGUAGAGGUUAUAAAUAUACUCACCUUCCUACCAUUAUAAACUUAAUUAAAGAACCUCAUGAAUUAAUAGAAUUGCAACAUCAUUCCUAAUGCGAUGGAUGAAAAUACGAACAUUCGAACGAGCAAUUAUUACAUAAUUCAAAUUGUACAUUGUAUCCAACAAGUAACGAAUCAGAAGCAACAAUUAAUAUUUAAACAUUUCGUACAAAAUAUUUAUCAAGACGUUGUAUUAAACGAAUAACGAACACAAAAGUGAUUUUAAAAGUUAAUAAUAUUUCCAGCUUUUAUUCGUCAAUUAAAAUAUUUAUCUGUAAAGUGAUCUCGUCCGUUUUUGACUGUCCAUAAUCCGAAUUCUAUUAAAAGUUAAGUGAAAGCUUCAAAAUAAAUUCAUAAACGUAUUUAGCGGGGAGAGAACUCUUCUCCAGCGAGGCGAUAUUUUUCAUACAACGUAAACGAAAGAGCAGCCGAGUAUGCGAUCCACGAUUUCUGUCUGAAUUCAAUAGGUAAUGAAUUUCGAAUACCUACGACGACGAGAAUUUGUAAAACGAUGCGAUUUGUUCGACGAGAGGAGCAAACUUAAUUAACUUAAUCAUCACUUUGUUAAUCGCGUAAGCGUGCCGUCGCGUACGCGCAGAUCAUUGUAAGUUUCUGCGGAAAUGAUUCUUUAAAUAAAAUUGCGAGCAACAGCAGUGUAUCAUUGA